AAGAAUUCGAAGAAGAAAAUUCUUCAAAUAAUCACUACAACCAAACCAUAGAGGAAAAUCGAUUAAAUGAUUCUUCUCAAGAUACGCUUGUCGAAUCAAGUGUAAAUUAUCAAAUAGAAUUAAUUUUGUUAAUUCUAAUUAUUAUCCUGGCUCCUUUUUCAUUUAUUUUUGUUUGGAUUCUUGGAGGUCUUCUGCUCUUUCGAACAAGAAUCCUAAUAUUGAAAUUAGGGUUGGCCGACGAAGAUUAUACGAUGAUGAUAAACUCUUUUGAAAUUUUAUUCAGCCAGUUGACAAUUAACUCUUCUUUUUGGAAUGGUGGAGACAUCGAAGAAACUAUUAUCGAGCUUGUUAAUGGUAGUAUUCGAAUCGAAGAUUUUCCAUAUAUUCAAGUCUGUAUUAUCGAUGAUAUGAUCUUCUCUUCGGAUAAUCGUCGGCUUUAUGUAUUUCGAGAAGCUAUUCAAAGAGGAUUAAAAGUUGAUAAAAUUCCA